GCGCUCCGGGUCAGACUGAGCCCGGCGAAGCCUCCGAAGCUCCCCCUGCAAUCAACCCGGGUCACCCACCAUUCCGGAGGGGAAACGCGAGACCCGGGCCGAGCUUGAUCAAGGGGGUGCCCGCGGAACCCCAAGUAAGCUCGCGGCGGGUGGCCGGGGUUGGGGGCGCCGCGGGGCGGAGCGGGGGCGCGCAGCCGGAAUGUUUUGGUAGCGAGAGCGCGCGCGCGGGCCGUGGGGGCGCGCGCAAGGGUGUCCGCUGUUGGGAGCCGAGCCCUAGGCCUGGGGCCCGGCCACCCCUGGGGCGCGCUGGACACCUCUGGUGGUGGUGGCUGGGUUGAGGGGACAUGAUCCAGCCCACCCGGGGUGAUCAUCUGAAGGGCUGGCUCGAUCCUUCCAACAUCCCCAGGAGCCCCUGAGCUCAUGCCCCACCGGCUGGGGGCUCCAUGGACCCCGAGUCCACACCAACCAGCAGCUGCAGAGCCAGGGCCCGCAGGCUGGAGUGGAGCGACACUGUCCAUGGAGCUGGUGGACCAGGAGGCUAGGGGGUGGUGGUGAUGGCGCAGUUUGACACCGAAUACCAGCGCCUGGAGGCUUCCUAUAGCGACUCACCCCCUGGAGAAGAGGAUCUGUUGGUGCAUGUGCCGGAGGGGAGCAAGUCACCUUGGCACCAUAUCGAAAACCUUGACCUCUUCUUCUCUCGAGUUUAUAACCUCCACCAGAAGAAUGGCUUCACUUGCAUGCUCAUUGGGGAGAUCUUCGAGCUCAUGCAGUUCCUCUUCGUGGUUGCCUUCACCACCUUCCUGGUCAGCUGUGUGGACUACGACAUCCUCUUUGCCAACAAGAUGGUGAACCACAGCCUUCACCCCAGUGAGCCCAUCAAGGUCACUCUACCAGAUGCAUUUCUUCCGGCCCAAGUCUGCAGUGCCAGGAUUCAGGAAAAUGGCUCCCUUAUCACCAUCUUGGUCAUCGCUGCCGUCUUCUGGAUCCACCGACUCAUCAAAUUCAUCUAUAACAUUUGCUGCUACUGGGAGAUCCACUCCUUCUACCUGCACGCUCUACGCAUCCCCAUGUCCGCCCUGCCCUACUGCACAUGGCAGGAAGUACAGGCCCGAAUCGUGCAGACGCAGAAGGAGCACCAGAUCUGCAUUCACAAGCGCGAGCUGACCGAGCUGGACAUCUACCACCGCAUCCUCCGCUUCCAGAACUACAUGGUGGCUCUGGUCAACAAGUCCCUCUUGCCGCUACGCUUCCGCCUGCCUGGCCUGGGCGAGGUUGUGUUCUUCACUCGGGGCCUCAAGUACAACUUUGAGCUCAUCCUCUUCUGGGGCCCCGGCUCACUCUUCCUCAACGAGUGGAGCCUCAAGGCCGAGUACAAACGCGGCGGGCAGCGGCUGGAGCUGGCACAGCGCCUAAGCAACCGCAUCCUGUGGAUCGGCAUCGCCAACUUCCUGUUGUGCCCACUCAUCCUCAUCUGGCAGAUCCUCUAUGCCUUUUUCAGCUAUGCCGAGGUGCUGAAGCGUGAGCCCGGGGCGCUGGGGGCGCGUUGCUGGUCCCUGUAUGGCCGCUGCUACUUACGCCACUUCAACGAGCUGGAGCAUGAGCUGCAGUCACGCCUCAGCCGCGGCUACAAGCCUGCCUCCAAGUACAUGAACUGCUUCCUGUCUCCGCUGCUUACGCUGCUGGCCAAGAACGGCGCCUUCUUCGCUGGCUCCAUCCUGGCUGUGCUCAUCGCACUCACCAUCUACGAUGAGGACGUGUUGGCCGUGGAGCACGUCCUCACCACUGUCACCUUGCUGGGGGUCACAGUGACAGUGUGCAGGUCCUUUAUCCCCGACCAGCACCUGGUGUUCUGCCCUGAGCAGCUGCUGCGCGUGAUCCUCGCCCACAUCCACUACAUGCCUGACCAUUGGCAGGGUAAUGCCCAUCGCUCACAGACCCGGGACGAGUUUGCCCAGCUCUUCCAGUACAAGGCAGUCUUCAUCCUGGAGGAGUUGCUGAGCCCCAUCGUCACGCCCCUUAUUCUCAUCUUUUGCUUGCGUCCUCGGGCCCUGGAAAUCAUUGACUUCUUCCGCAACUUCACCGUAGAAGUGGUUGGGGUGGGGGAUACCUGCUCCUUUGCACAGAUGGAUGUUCGCCAGCACGGACACCCUCAGUGGCUCUCCGGAGGACAGACGGAGGCUUCAGUGUACCAGCAAGCCGAAGAUGGGAAGACUGAGCUGUCACUCAUGCACUUUGCCAUCACCAACCCGGGCUGGCAGCCCCCACGUGAGAGUACUGCUUUCCUUGGCUUCCUCAAGGAACAGGUCCAGCGUGACGGAGCAGCUGCUAGCCUUGCCCAAGGGGGUCUCCUCCCCGAAAACGCCCUCUUUACGUCCAUCCAGUCCUUACAGUCCGAGUCAGAGCCACUGAGUCUCAUUGCAAACGUGGUGGCCAGCUCUUCCUGCCGAGGCCCUCCACUGCCUCGAGACCUGCAGAGCUCCCGGCACAGAGCCGAUGUAGCCUCUGCCUUGCGCUCCUUUUCCCCACUGCAGCCCGGCCAGGCUCCUGCUGGCCGGGCCCCUGGCGCCAUGACAGCGUCUGGGGCGGAUGCCAGGACAGCCAGUUCUGGGAGCAGCGUGUGGGAAGGCCAGCUGCAGAGCCUGGUUCUGUCAGAGUACGCAUCUACCGAGAUGAGCCUGCAUGCCCUCUACAUGCAUCAGCUUCAUAAGCAGCAGGCCCAGGCUGAACCGGAGCGCCAUGUGUGGCAUCGCCGCGAGAGUGAUGAGAGUGGCGAGAGUGCUCCUGAAGAAGGAGAGGGUGGCCGGGCACCCCAACCCAUUCCCCGUUCUGCCAGCUACCCCUGUGCCACUCCCCGACCCGGAGCCCCUGAGACCACUGCUCUGCACGGGGGUUUCCAGAGGCGCUAUGGUGGGAUCACAGAUCCUGGCACAGUGCCCCGGGCACCUCACUUUUCCCGGCUGCCCCUUGGAGGCUGGGCUGAAGAUGGGCAGUCAGCAGUGCGACACCCCGAGCCCGUGCCAGAGGAGGGCUCAGAGGAUGAGCUCCCACCGCAGGUGCACAAGGUUUAGACAGGGCUGAAGAGGGCCCCUGUAUCGCUGGAUGGAGGUCGCUUUUGCUGGCCAAUUUGUGCACCCACCGCGGACGGCUCCUCUUAGUGUUGCUUGGAGUGUGGUGUUUGUGUGUCUGUGCCUGGCCAAGGGAGGUGCCAAGAGUGGGCUUGCCACAGCCCAGGAGAGGAGCUGGGGAGACCUAGGGGCCAAGGCACACAGGACUCCUCCCACCUUGGCGGCUCAGAGUGUGGUGCUAGAACCUGGUCCCAGCCCCAGUACUGCCACCUUUGCCCCCAGACCUGUGAGUCCCUGAAGGACUUUCCAUGCCAGAAGCUGCCAAGCAGGGAGAAGCUGUGCCAACUAUGGCGUGGGGACACUGGGCUUGGCCCCUGGAGCUCUGUGGUGUGCUGCCCCUGAACAGAUGAACAGCUCAGGUUGUGGCCCGUACCUCACCCCAAGUUCUCUCCCAGUGCUGUAGCCUGUUGGCCUCCCCUGCUUCCCGCACAGCACUGUGCGGGCUUGGAUGUGCAGUGCUUCCGCUUCCCUUCUGUUUGCCACAUCGAGGCCCAUCCUCAUCCCUACUCUGUUCUGUUGAGAGUUAGCUUUGGCAUUGUGUUGGUGCAGCUUCCCUCCCCUCUCUUUUGACACUAAGAAGGUUUCUAAGCUACAAGAAACAGAACGGAAAGCCUUUGCUGCCCUCCUUCCCCACCCAACAGAACGGCCUCUGGGGGGGGCCAGAGGCCUUCCGGACACCCAGUUUCUGCUGCUUUUGCCCCCACAUCCACCUCUCCGCCCGCCCAGGGUACGACACGACAGGCAGUGCCCUCGGUGGUCUACCUCCCAGCAAGAGAGCUCCGCCAUCCCGCUUGGUUUGGUUCUCCCCUCGAGGCAGGUGGAGGGGCUACUGGACGCCUUAGGCUGGGCUUGGGGCUGCUGCUGUGCUGCAUGCUGAGACCCGGCUCCAGCCCGGCCCUUCGUGUCCUGCCCCCCCCCCAAGACCCCCACUCCUGCUCGGGCAGGGCAGGCCGAAGACGGUGCGUGUGGAUUGCGCUGCUGGACCUCACCGCAGAACGGGGUGGGGACCGUGUACAGCUUGAGAUGAGCGCCCUUAAUAAAA